GAUAUAGUCCUGUGAAGCGAUAGUUACUCAACUGUUUGGUGAGGCUAUUAAGCAUAUUUACUCUCUAACGUUUGCCCCCCACGCGGGUUGAGAAACCCAUUCGAAGGUCCCCUUUUUUUUUCACCGCCACAUCGGUAAGGUUUUUUUUUCUGGCCCAACUUCCCCCCUUUUGUGGCUUCCGUUUUACCUUUUUUUUACGCCCACGAGGGGGACUACCUCUCGCGGAUAAACGCGAAAAACUGGGCUCUCGUGGAGGCACAACAUAUCAUUUGACAAGCUUCCCUUGGGGGCGAAGACACUGGUGAGGGUUCCCCCUUCUGUUCCCCAUUAAGUGCGUCCAAGCAGUGCACGGGCAGCUGAGCAUAUAUAGCCCCAGGCGUAGUUGCCAAUUUGCCAAGCAACCACCUUCGAGGGGAGAAUGAUAGAAAUAAUACUGAACGACCGGCUGGGGAAGAAAAUCCGCGUGAAGUGCAACCCGGAUGACACCAUCGGGGAUUUGAAGAAGCUCGUGGCGGCGCAAACGGGAACCAGGGCCGACAAAAUACGAAUACAAAAAUGGUACACCAUUUACAAGGACCACAUCACUCUGCAAGAUUACGAAAUUAAGGACGGGAUGAGUCUCGAGCUAUAUUAUAACUGACCAGUUGAGGUGGCCCCACUGGGGGGCCACAAGCACACAUGCUACGCUAGAGGGAGAGGGAAAGCCACCAGCAUGUGCAUGCACAAGCGCUUUCGGCGGAUUUGUUCCCACCCCCUCUCUGCCGUCGAAGUGGAACGAAAAAGGAUGGAACUCCUUUCGCGGCGUAAGAAACCAAAAGGGAAAGCAAAAAUGGGUACUUCCAAAAAAUGGCAUCUUAAGUAAGCGGCGUUUUAGGAAAGUACAGGAAUGGCCCUCCACUUGAACGAAAAAUUACAUCCCCGUGAUGAGAGCAAUCCCAACUGACAGGGCCCUAUCGAAAAGACCAACCGAUGCGGAAAAUGGGAAAUCAGUCGCAACGUAUUUGAUUAUGCAACGACGUUUUAGCGCCCGUUUUUUUAUUUUAUUUUUGCGAUUAACAUGUAUUAUUUUUUUUUAUUUUUAUUUUUUUUUUUUGUCCUCCCUCCC